UCAGGACUGUUUCCACCUGGGGUUCGGGGUUCGGGUCGGCAGCGGAGCAGGGCGUGGGGCCCAAUGGGGGAUGAGAAGGAUUCCUGGAAAGUGAAGACCUUGGAUGAGAUCCUGCAGGAGAAGAAGCGGCGGAAGGAGCAGGAGGAGAAGGCCGAAGUCAAGCGACUAAAAAACUCUGAUGACCGGGACUCCAAGCGAGACUCUCUGGAGGAGGGUGAGCUGCGGGAGCACCGCAUGGAGAUCACCAUCCGAAACUCACCGUGCCGGAGGGAGGACUCCCUGGAGGACAGGGGUGAGGAGGACGACUCUCUGGCCAUCAAGCCACCCCAGCAGAUGUCGCGCAAGGAGAAGACCCACCACAGGAAGGACGAGAAGAGGAAAGAGAAGAGAAGGCAUCGUAGCCGCUCAGCUGAAGGCGGAAAGCACGCCAGAGUGAAGGACAAGGAGAGGGAGCACGAGCGGCGGAAGCGGCACCGCGAGGAGCAGGAUAAGGCACGCCGCGAGUGGGAGCGACAGAAGAGGCGCGAGAUGGCAAGAGAACAUUCUAGAAGAGAGAGGGACCGGCUGGAGCAGCUGGAGCGGAAGCGGGAGCGAGAGCGCAAGCUGCGCGAGCAGCAGAAGGAACAGCGCGAGCUCAAGGAGCGGGAGCGGCGGGCUGGCGAGCGGCGCAAGGAGCGGGAGGCCCGCCGGGAAGUGUCUGCACACCACCGCUCCACGCGGGAGGACUACAGCGAUCGGGGAAAGGCCAGCCACUGGAGCCGCAGCCCCCUGCGGCCCCCACGAGAACGCGUGGAGCUGGGUGACGGCCGGAAGCCAGUGAAAGAAGAGAAGGCAGAGGAGAGAGACCCGCUCUCAGACCUGCAGGACGUCAGUGACAGCGAGAGGAAGACCAGCUCGGCCGAGUCCUCGUCAGCUGAGUCAGGGUCCGGGUCCGAGGAGGAGGAAGAGGAAGAGGAAGAGGAGGAAGAAGGAAGCACCAGUGAAGAGUCCGAGGAGGAAGAGGAGGAGGAGGAGGAAGAAGAGGAGGAGGAGGAGGAGACAGGCAGCAACUCAGAGGAGGUGUCAGAGCAGUCUGCAGAGGAAGUGAGCGAGGAGAUGAGUGAUGAGGAGGAGAGCGAGAGCCGCGUGCUGGUUGUUCCAGAAUCGCGCUUUGACCGAGAUUCGGGAGGAAGUGAAGACGGGGAGAAAGAGGUGGGUGAGGGCACCCCGCGGAGCAGUGCCCUGACCGAGGGAGACUGUGUGCCCGACUCGCCGGCCCUGUCACCGCUGGAGCUCAAGCCGGAGCUGCCCAAGUACCUGCCGGCCCUGCAGGGCUGCCGGAGUGUGGAGGAGUUCCAGUGUCUGAACAGGAUUGAGGAGGGCACCUACGGCGUCGUGUACCGAGCCAAGGACAAAAAGACAGAUGAGAUCGUGGCUCUGAAGCGGCUGAAGAUGGAGAAGGAGAAGGAGGGCUUUCCCAUCACGUCUCUGCGUGAGAUCAACACCAUCCUCAAGGCACAGCACCCCAACAUCGUCACGGUCAGGGAGAUCGUGGUGGGCAGCAACAUGGAUAAGAUCUACAUAGUGAUGAACUACGUGGAGCAUGACCUGAAGAGCCUCAUGGAGACCAUGAAGCAGCCCUUCCUGCCAGGGGAGGUGAAGACCCUCAUGAUCCAGCUGCUGCGCGGGGUGCGGCACCUGCAUGACAACUGGAUCCUGCACCGCGACCUCAAGACGUCCAACCUGCUGCUCAGCCAUGCCGGUGUCCUCAAGGUGGGUGACUUCGGGUUAGCCCGGGAAUAUGGGUCCCCACUGAAGGCCUACACCCCUGUGGUUGUGACACUGUGGUACCGCGCCCCGGAGUUGCUGCUGGGGGCCAAGGAGUACUCGACAGCCGUUGACAUGUGGUCUGUGGGCUGCAUCUUCGGGGAGCUGCUAACCCAGAAGCCGCUGUUCCCUGGCAAGUCAGAGAUUGACCAGAUCAACAAGGUGUUCAAGGACCUGGGCACCCCCAGUGAGAAGAUCUGGCCAGGCUACAGUGACUUGCCCGCCGUCAAGAAGAUGACCUUCAGCGAGUACCCGUAUAACAACCUGCGCAAGCGCUUCGGGGCACUGCUCUCGGACCAGGGCUUCGACCUCAUGAACAAGUUUCUGACCUACUUCCCUGGGAGGAGGAUCAGCGCCGAGGACGGGCUCAAGCAUGAGUACUUCCGGGAGACGCCACUGCCCAUCGACCCGUCCAUGUUCCCCACAUGGCCUGCCAAGAGUGAGCAGCAGCGAGUAAAGCGAGGCACCAGCCCCCGGCCACCUGAGGGAGGCCUGGGCUACAGCCAGCUGGGUGACGACGACCUGAAGGAGACCGGCUUCCACCUCACCACCACCAACCAGGGCGCCUCGGCCGCGGGCCCCGGCUUCAGCCUCAAGUUCUGAGCUCCAGGAGGGCCCUGCAGCCGUGUCCUUGCCGACCACAUUCCCCACCUUCUGUUUUUAUACUUUGGUUUGUAAAUUUGUGGAAUAAAACACCGUUUUCCUGUGGAG